GAAGCCGCCGUUACUACACAUGGUGACGAUGUCAUUUACGAGCACUCACCCCCAGAACGCCGCCAAAUUGGCAUUAUUAGCGCGUCGUUCUUGAUUUUUAACCGCAUGAUUGGCACAGGCAUUUUCGCUACGCCGAGUUCCAUCUUCGAGCUAUGUGGAAGCGUCGGCCUUUCUCUCUUCAUCUGGGUAGCCGGCAUGCUGAUCGCCAUGGCCGGCACGGCUGUCUACCUUGAGUUCGGCACUGCGAUCCCCAAGAACGGCGGCGAGAAAAACUACCUCGAAUACGUCUACCGGAAGCCUCGGUUUUUGGUCACGGCUAUGUUCGCGUCCUACGUGGUGCUGCUUGGAUGGGCGGCCAGCAACAGCGUCAUUUUCGGCGAGUACAUCCUCGAAGCCGCUCAGGUCGAUGUGAACCGGUGGAAUCAACGUGGCAUCGGGCUGGCGUGUAUAACGACCGCAUUCCUCAUCCAUGCCUUUGCAUUGAAGUGGGGACUGCGGCUGCAAAAUUUCCUCGGCGUUGUCAAGCUGGCGAUCAUACUUCUGAUUGUUGUCACGGGAUGGGUGGCGCUUGCGGGCCACAUGAGGAUCGACAAUCCACAUAACUUUGACAGUGCCUUUGAAGGCACCAAAGGGAAUGCAUAUGGGAUCGUGACAUCACUGUACGAUGUGAUCUGGAGCUACAUUGGAUAUUCAAAUGCCAACUAUGCUCUGAGCGAAACACACAAUCCCGAAAGGACUCUCAAAAUCGCGGCCACCAUAGCUAUAAUCUCGGUAUCCAUCCUAUACAUGCUGGUCAAUAUCGCGUACUUCGCGGCUGUACCAAAAGAGGAGAUCAUUUCUUCGGGCCGUAUUCUCGCCGCGUCUUUCUUCGUCAACAUGUUUGGAGCAAGGGCCGGAAGAGCAUUGUCUGUUUUCGUGGCAUUGUCGGCCUUUGGCAAUGUCUUGUCUGUCAUUUUCUCGCAAGGAAGACUCGUACAGGAGCUGGGGCGUGAGGGGAUCCUUCCCUUCUCUCGGCUUUGGGCAAGCAACAAGCCAUUCAAUGCCCCUGCCGCAGGGUUAUUCGAGCACUGGGUGGUGUCGAUUAUCAUCAUGCUUGCUCCUCCGCCUGGAGAUGCCUAUAAUUUCCUCGUCAACCUAAUCACGUACCCGCUCUCCAUCGUCAACACGUUCGUCUCCGCCGGUCUGAUCUGGAUCUACUUCAACAAGAAGAAGCUGGACUGGAAUCCUCCCAUCAAAGCAGGCCUGCCGGUCACCGUCUUCUUCAUGCUCUCGAACGUCUAUCUCAUAGUGGCGCCAUACGUACCCCCAAGCGACGGCGAAAGUGUCUACAAUGAUCUACCUUACUAUCUGCACUGUGUUGUGGCCCUCGGUAUCUUCGCCGUCGGAGCCAUAUAUUGGAUAUUCUGGGCUAAGAUACUUCCAAAGAUUGGGCAUUACCGUCUGGAGCAGGAAACUAUAAUCGCUGAUGAUGGAUGGUCGCGGACGGUCUUCGUUCACAAGCCUCUUGGGGAGACUACUCGUGCUACUACUACUGAUACUACGGAAGAUGAAGGGAAAUAA